GGUGGGGGGCUUCGCCGCCGGACCCGCGUCCGGGACGAGGGAGCCGCGCUCGGCCUCGUAGCUGGGCUCUGGUUUGAGUCUCGGCCUCAGAGUUCUUAUUCAACGCUGGAUCCGUCAGGGAAGUGAAAUUCCCAUCAGGACAAACAGGUCAUAGUGCCCCUGCUCCCACGUGUCCGUCAGGGAAAGCCCAGGGCUGCUACACCUAGUAUAUACGGCUCGCUUCCCAAAGAAGAAAAGUAAUUCUUCUGGGAACACGACCGCUGUCGUUCAGCUGGGUGCCUAAACCUUCCCUUUUUAUGCUGGGUGCGAAUGAAUUGACAUCAGUAUCGAGCACAGGGGACAAUACAUCUGUUCCGCAAAUCACAGAAAUCAUUGGUUGGAAAGUUAACACAUGAGUUUAGGCUGGUUGCAGCAGAUAGAAGGUCCUGGAAGAUCUUGCUGUUUGGUGCUAUAAAUUUAAUAUGUAUUGGCUUCCUGCUAAUGUGGUGCAGCUCUACAAACAGCAUAGCUUUAACUGCUUACACAUAUUUGACAAUCUUUGACCUUUUCAGUUUGGUAACAUGUCUAAUAAGCUACUGGGUAAUGAUGAAGAAACCCAGCCCAGUUUAUUCAUUUGGGUUUGAAAGGUUUGAAGUUCUAGCCGUAUUUGCAUCUACAGUUCUGGCACAGCUUGGUGCUCUUUUUAUACUGAAAGAAAGUGCAGAACGGUUUCUGGAACAACCCGAGAUACACACUGGGCGACUGCUGGUUGGUACUUUCGUGGCUCUCUUUUUCAACUUAUUUACAAUGCUUUCCAUUAGGAAUAAGCCUUUUGCUUAUGUCUCUGAAGCUGCCAGCACAAGUUGGCUUCAGGAGCACGUUGCUGAUCUUAGUAGAAGUAUUUGUGGAAUCAUUCCAGGACUGAGUAGCAUCUUUCUGCCACGAAUGAACCCUUUUGUCUUGAUUGAUAUUGCAGGAGCUCUAGCUCUUUGCAUUACGUAUAUGCUCAUCGAAAUCAACAAUUAUUUCGCUGUAGACACAGCCUCUGCUAUAGCCAUUGCUUUGAUGACAUUUGGUACCAUGUAUCCCAUGAGUGUCUACAGUGGGAAAGUACUACUACAGACAACACCACCUCAUGUGAUUGGCCAGUUAGAUAAACUUCUUAGAGAGGUUUCAACUUUGGAUGGUGUCUUGGAAGUUCGAAAUGAGCAUUUCUGGACAUUAGGGUUUGGCACUUUGGCCGGAUCAGUACAUGUCCGAAUUCGGAGAGAUGCAAAUGAACAAAUGGUACUUGCUCAUGUCACUAACAGAUUAUACACAUUGGUCUCUACCUUGACUGUUCAGAUUUUCAAAGAUGACUGGAUCAGACCGACCUUAUCAUCUGUGCCUAUUGCAAACAAUAUGCUGAACCUUUCAGAUCAUCAUAUUAUUCCCAUGCCAUCUUUGAAAGCUGCUGAUAAUUUGAACCCUGUUACAUCCACUCCAGCUAAGCCCAGCAGCCCACCGCCAGAAUUUUCUUUUAAUACACCGGGCAAAAAUGUGAGUCCAGUCAUUCUUCUAAACACUCAGACAAGGCCCUAUGGAUUGGGCUUUAAUCAUGGAUCUGCACCCUACAGCAGUGUACUCAAUCAAGGAUUCGGAAUACCGGGAAUGGGAGCAACUCAAGGAUUCAGAACUGGUUUUACAAAUGUCCCAAGCAGAUAUGGAACAAACACUCGUGGGCAACCCCGACCAUAAUAAACACCAUUAUUUAUUGUACUUAAGGGUAUUGACUUAAUUCUUUUAUUACCCAAUUUUUAUAAACAUUUGGAAUGUCAGAUCAUUCUAAAUGGCUGGGAACAAGUGCAUUGUUCAUAUUCAUGAAAUGGUUAAAUUGCAGGGUUUUUUUUCUUUGCAUCAGCAGUAGCCUGUGUAAUGCCACAAAUAUUUUCCAGACUUAUGGUACUGUACAGGUUGUUUUUAUAGAGUGUCUAUUUCUAUUCAGCUUUUUCUUCACUUCUCUUUAUUUUGCCAAGAAUGUAUUGAGAUAGAGCACAACUCCGUAAGGGAGUAAACUUGUGACCCAGGUAGCAUAUUUUUUUUUUUAUUCUAAUGGGGAUUGCUUACUGAAUGCUGAAUAGCUGAGAGAAUAGAAAAUUGCAGAAAUACAAGUCCCAGUUUUUGGAGCUGUUUUGAUUGCCGUAUUAAGCCAUCUUUUGGCAAAGUCACAAUUAGUUUUUGGUUGCAAAAAUCCAUCUUUAUUCAUACUGUGGCCAUUACGAAGACAAUCUGGCAUUUCAGAUUCUAAUUAAUUUUGUGAGACCAUGUUUUUAUAUUUUUAUUGAUGCUUUUAUAGAAAUUCAGAUGGUUCAGCAACCAUUUUCUAGCUGUAAAUAUUCCGUAUUCAUCUCUGAUAUUUCUUCCUUUUUGGUUUAACUGCAAAAUUAUUUAGCAAUAUACUGGGAAAUAAAAUGUUUUAAACUUCAGAUUUUACAAGCACCUCUUUUUUACAAUUAACCCUGUUUAAGAUACAGAGCAGAUGGCUGUAUUAUUUCUGAAGCCAGUUAUUUCAUUUUUGACUAUGGAAAGUAUUCUUUGAUUCGAUUGUGACUUUGUAUUUUUCCUCUUUGUAUUUUUUCUGUAGUUUCAGGGGAAAAAUAACUAUUUAUAUUCCUGGUUUAUAUCCAGAGGUCAGUGAUCACUGACAGUUCCUCAAGUCAUUGCUAGAGUGCUUAACCUUCGGGGCAUACUUGGAACAAGACUGCCAAACUUGUCUCUGCUUUUGCAUUAUCAUUCUAGUGUACGUCUAGAAGGCCAUAUUUCUUCAGGGCCUUUCUCAGAGAGCUCUUCCUAAAAAAUUUUCUUCUCUGCGUUGGUAAUAGGGAAAGGCCUUUUAGAAGUUGGGGGUUUUUUUUUUUUUUUCCCUCUUCUCCUGUGCAGUAUGUAUCUUUUCAUUCCCUAGCCAAUACCUCCUCUGUACUUCCUUCUGCAUCUCUUGGCUGUUGGGGAAUGGGUUGCCCAUCCCUAUUGUUUUACGUGCAACUCAGGGUGCUAUAUAUUGGCUUCCACCUUGUUAGUCUGUGUACUAAGUCUUUCCAUUUGUCCAAGGUGGUUAUAUGGAGCUGUAGUAUCUCAGGGACUCCAAAGGUAUUCAUGCUACCUGAAGAUAAUGGGUUCGAUAGAGAAAUCUUUCUCCUGUAGAACUGAGUUGAGAAAAAACAGCCUUCAUUUGAAUUUUCAAGACCUGUGGCCUCUCCACACUGGCUGAGGAUUUCUUUUUCUGCAUAAGGACUUUGUUU